CAUCAGGCCGUCUGUGUCGAUGGACGUCCGUUUCAGAGCCCGACCGCUGAGGCGAAUCUCUGCCUUUGCCGUUCUCUUUGUGCAGAAUGCGCAGCUCGCCUAAGAUUGAUUGAGGCGGUUGGAACCGAAUCUGCUCAACCGCCUUCCUACUGUUGUUUCCCGAACCAUCACCAUAUACUUGUCGCUGUGUAGCCAGUAGACGCAGCAGAGGUCCGUCCCAUCCCUCUCUCCGCCGCCCUUCGCCUCGUUCUCGCCCGCCGUCCGCAGUGGCAGCAGACGCCGGUACCCCGCCGAGAUCCAGGAAGCGCCCCCCCCAGCAGCAUCACCGCUCGCCCGUGGCCGCUCUCCUCCCACGGCGCCAUGACGUCCCGCUGGGUGGACGUGCCCCGCGUGCUCAUCGACCUCUGCGACGACGAGGAGAAGACUUACACCCUUCCUCCGGACGGCCCCCUGGACGACCUCUGCGACGACGAGGAGAAGACUGACGCCCUUCCCCCGGACGGCCGCGCGGGGGCCGGGCCCCUGGGCGCCCCAGCGGCGCAGGAGGUGGAGCACCCGCCGGCCUGCAGCUCGCGGGGCCGGCGCCGGGCACCGAGGGCGGCGGCGAGGCGCUGGCGGGCAGGAGGUGCGGUGCACGCGGGCGCCGGCGUGGAGCCGCCGGGGAGGGUGCACCCGAACGCGCGCCAGGAUCUGAUGCACGGCGUGAUGCAGCGCCUGCGCUUUCGCGGCACAGUGCGGAGGCUCGGGCGGACGAGGGGCGUGCGCAAGGCCUGGGUGAAGCCGACGGUGCUGCUCGUGGACGUGCGCGCGUGCAGCUGCCCCGCGGUGGCCGACGAGCUCCCGCUCGAGACCGACCACGUCUGGCUCAAGGUGGGCAAGCAGCUGGCCGACCUGCAGCUGCUCCCGGGCAGCGUCCUGGAGUUCGACGCCCGCGUGCGGUGGUACAAGAAGGCACGACCGAUACGAUUCGAGGUCGAGCUCACGCUGGUGCGGUUCGAUUUCGAUUUCCCAGUGAUCCGGUGCGGCCUGGUGACGACACGGCGCAGGGGAGUGCAUUCGGGCUUGGCCGAGUGGCAUCGAAGCCGAUUCCGAGCCGAGGCAGCCCGCUUCGAGGCACGCUCCGACCCGUUCUGAGUUCGCGGUGCGAUUGUGGUGGAUCUCGGAUCUCGGAAGUCGACUUCCUUGGAUCGGGGCUGGGCCCCUCUGUCGGCGCCUACGGCACGGCCCCUGGCGCGCUCGGCGCGCAGCGCCGAUCCCACAGAUCCCAUAACUCCGCGCAGCAGACAUAUUAGGAUUGUGUUGUUCACGUCUCCUCCAGGGGCCGGCGGCCAGGACCUGACGCCCUCGUCGAUAUACGACUCGAUUCGAUCUCGAGUUGGAGCCUGUGCACGUGCGACUUGAUGCUGGUUGACCUCGAGGGAGAAAGAGCAGCUCCACCGAGAGCCCAUCGGGGAGGAGGUGACUCCUGGGCGGCUGCGUUCCUGAGCGUCGUCCAGUACUGGGUGACGCUCGGUGCGUGCAACCGCCCAGGGGUCGGCCUGAGCAUCGUCCGGUACUGGCUGACGCUCGGUGCGUGCCACUGCCCAGGUCGGGUGCUGCUAGACGUGCCCCAGGCCCAAGGUUCCUCCAGUCAGUAUCGUUUAUCCGAUCCCCAUCCCC